CCGCUCGUGGGAGUGAAUGGCCUUGCCCAGUUGCUCAGCUGAGGUUGGCGUGACCUUUGAGGACAUUGCCCUGUACUUCUCCAGGGAGGAAUGGAGGCUCCUUGAUGAGGAACAGAGAUGUUUGUAUGUGAAUGUGAUGCUGGAGAACUUUGAACUUAUAUCCUCGCUGGGUUGCUGCUGUGGAGCAGAGAAUGUGGAAGCCCUGACAGAACAGAAGGUUUCUGUAAGAGUGUCACAGGCAAGGAAUCCCAAGUUAGCCUUGUCUUCCCAGAAGAGCCACCCCUGUGAGAGUUGUGGGCUAGUCUUGAGAAAGAUUUUCCAAUUGACUGAGCUGCAGGGAACACAACAUGGACAGAUGCUGUUGAGGUGUGGGGCAUGUACAGAACUAUUUUAUUUCAGUGCAAAAUUUCACCAGCAACAUGUGAGAGAGAACACUUUUAUUAGGGGUGUGGAGAGGAUGUCACGUUCAAAUGGCUGCAAUUUCAGUGUGUCCCAGAAUCAUUUCACCUGUGGGGAGCCUAGGAAGGGCAUGCUUUCCUUGUCAGGACAUCUCCACCUAAAGGCUGAUCAGACCUGGGACAGUCUAAAUGAUAUUUCUGUGGGUGGUUUGAUGUUUCAAAGGAAAAAAGGUUUUUACUCCAGAAAAGAAUGUGAGGAAGACAUUGGCAGCAGUAAUCUUCAUCAUCAUCAGAGAGUUUGGACUGGAGAAAAGCCUUUUAAAUGCAGUGAAUGUGGGAAAUCUUUUACCAGUAGCAGUGUCCUCCAUUAUCAUCAAAGUUUUCACACUGGAGAAAAACCUUAUAAAUGCAGUGAAUGUGGGAAAUCUUUUAUCACCAUCAGUCACCUUUGUCGUCAUCAGAGAGUUCACACUGGAGAAAAGCCUUAUAAAUGCGGUGAAUGUCAGAAAUCUUUUACCAAUUGGAGUAGCCUCCAUUAUCAUCAAAGUUUUCACACUGGAGAAAAGGCUUAUAAAUGCAGUGAAUGUGGGAAAUCUUUCACCAGUCGCAGCGACCUUCAUUGUCAUCUGAGAGUUCACACUGGAGAAAAACCCUAUAAAUGCAGUGAAUGUGGGAAAUCUUUUACCAGUAGCAGUGUCCUCCAUUAUCAUCAAAGUUUUAAAUGCAGUGAAUGUGGGAAAUCUUUUACCAGUAACAGCUACCUUCAUCGUCAUCACAGAGUUCACACCGGAGAAAAGCCCUAUAAAUGCAGUGAAUGUGGGAAAUCUUUUCUCACAAGCUCUCACCUUCAUCGUCAUCAGAGAGUUCACACUGGAGAAAUCCCUUAUAAAUGCAAUGAAUGUGGGAAAUCUUUUACCACUAGCAGUUACCUUCAUUAUCAUAUGAGAGUUCACACUGGAGAAAAGCCUUAUAAAUGCAGUGAAUGUGCGAAAUCUUUUAUCACGAGCUCUCUCCUUCAUCGACAUCAGAGAGGUCACACUGGAGAAAAACCUCAUAAAUGCAAUGAAUGUGGGAAAUGUUUUACCAAUAGCAGUAGCCUCCAUUAUCAUCAAAGUUUUCACACUGGAGAAAAGCCUUAUAAAUGCAGUGAAUGUGGGAAAUGUUUUACCCGGAGCAGUGAGCUCUCUUCUCAUCAGAGAGUUCACACUGGAGAAAGGCCUUAUGUGUGCAGUGAAUGUGGGAAAUCUUUUACCUGGAACACUGCCCUUCAUCGUCAUCGGAGAGUUCAUAGUGGAGAAAAGCCUUAUAAAUGCAAUGAAUGUGGGAAAUCUUUCAAAAGUAGCAAUGGUCUCCACUACCAUCAGAGAGUUCAAACUGGAGAAAGCCAUUAUGCUUGUUGCUGUUGUGGAACAAAGAAAGUGGAGGCACUGACUGAACAGAAGGUUACUGUAAGAGUGUCACAGGCAAGGAAUCCCAAGGUAGCCUUGUCUUCCCAGAAGAGCCAUCCUUGUGACAGUUGUGGGCUAGUCUUGGGAAACAUUUUCCACUGGAUGGAGGGACAGGGCACCCAACACGGACAGAUACCUUUGAGGUGUGGAUCGUGUGCAAAAUGGUUUUAUUUCAGUGUAAAAUUUCACCAGCAGCAUGUUAGAGAGAAGACUUUCAUUAGGGGUGUGGAAAGGAAUUCACUUGCAAACAGCUGCAAUUUCAAUGUGUCCCAGAAUCGUUUCACAUGUGAGGAGGUUGGGCAGGGUGCACUUACAAGGGUAGGACAUCUCCACCUAAAGGCUACUCAGACUGGGGACAGUCCAAAUGCUAUUUCGACACAUGGGAUGACAUUUCAAAGAAGCACUGCCAUUCAUUUUCAUCAGAGAGUUCACACAAGAGAAAAGCCUUAUAAAUGCAGUGAAUGUGGGAAAUCUUUUACCUGCAGCACUGCCCUUUGUCAUCAUAAGAGAGUUCACACUGGAGAAAAUCCCUAUAAAUGCAGUGAAUGUGGAAAGUCUUUUACGAGUAGCACUGGUCUCCAAUAUCAUCAGGGAGUUCACACAGGAGAAAAACCUUAUCAAUGCAGUGAAUGUGGGAAAACUUUUACCCGUAACUCUAGCCUUCGUAGUCAUCAGAGACUUCAUAUUGGAGAAAAGCCUUAUAAAUGCAAUGAAUGUGGAAAAUGUUUUACCACCAGCAAGUACCUUCGUAGUCAUCAGAGACUUCAUAUUGGAGAAAAGCCUUAUAAAUGCAAUGAAUGUGGAAAAUGUUUUACCACCAGCAAGUACCUUCGUAGUCAUCAGAGACUUCAUACUGGAGAAAAGCCUUAUAAAUGCAAUGAAUGUGGAAAAUGUUUUACCACCAGCAAGUACCUUCGUAGUCAUCAGAGACUUCAUAUUGGAGAAAAGCCUUAUAAAUGCAAGCUUCAUUAUCAUAAGAGAGUUCAUACAGGGGAAAAGCCUUAUAAAUGCAGGGAAUGUGGAAAGUCUUUUCCAAAUAAAAGUGAUCUCCAAAAUCAUCAGAGAAUUCACACAGGAGAAAAGCCUUUUCAAUGCAGUGAAUGUGGGAAAUCGUUUUCCUGGAACAGUGUUCUUCGUCGUCAUCAGAGAGUGCACACUGGAGAGAGGCCUUAUCACUGCAAUGAUUGUGGGAAAUCUUUUAUCACUAGCACUGCACUUCAUUCUCAUCAGAGAGUUCACACUGGAGAAAGGCCUUAUGAGUGCAGUGAAUGUGGAAAAUGUUUUUCCAGCAGCACCGAUCUUCGUAUUCAUCAGAGAGUUCAUACAGGAGAGAAGCCUUAUAAAUGCAAUGAAUGUGGAAGAUGUUUUGCCACCAGCAAGUGCCUUCGUACUCAUCAGAGAGUUCAUACAGGGGAGAAGCCUUAUAAAUGCAAUGAAUGUGGAAAAUGUUUUACCAGUAACUUUAUCCUUCGUAAUCAUCAGAGACUUCAUACUGGAGAAAAGCCUUAUAAAUGCAGUGAAUGUGGAAAAUGUUUUACCACCAGCAAGUACCUUCGUAGUCAUCAGAGACUUCAUACUGGAGAAAGCCGUUAUAAGUGCAAUUAAUGUGAGAUACCUCUCAGCCAAAUUUGUAAAUUCCCUCUGCAAGAAAGAGUCCAACUGUGAAAAAUUUCUUAGAUGUGUAGUAAAUAUAGUUUCUUAGUUAGGACUUAAUAAUUUUAUAAGAAAAUAUGUGAACUCUGAGUCUGAAUUAUGUCUCAUACCUUUAAUCACCUACAUUAGGUAAAGUCCUCCAACUGUUUUUGUUGUUGUGUUUGUUAGUAUUUCUAUUGGAUCAAUAUGUAUCUAUGUUUCACUUUCAAACAUACAGAGACAUGUUACCAGGUGUAUGUCACUGCAUAUUUGUGUUGCUGAAGGUAUUUCACCUGAACCAUGUAUAAGGCCCCUACAGAUGCCAUCAAUCACCAUCCUGAUGUGCCCAGGGAAGCUAAAUCUCUUGUCUAAUUUGAUGAAGAAAAUUAGGAAUACCUCAGCCCUUAGUUCUUCAGUGUUUCCCUGUCAUAAGUUGCCAAAUAGGACUGAAUACCGUUGGCCGCAGUGAACAUAAUGUUCCAGAAGAACUGCCAUAUUCAGGGACACACGUUCCCUAGAUGCUAAUGAUGAAUUUCUUGAGUACCCAAGUCAUCAAUGGAGAACUGCCAGUCUGAGGUCUCUGUCUUUGGAAAAUACUGAAGGCUUUUUCCUAAGCCGCCUUUAAUGUUGGGUGUUGUAUUGAUUCUAUGGGUUAGUUUACAAGGAGAUCAUGGCUCUCCAAGUAUGAUGAGGUGAAAAACUUUUAUGAGGUCUCAAACAUUUUUGCCCUUGAGGGAAGUCUAUGGUGCAGAAAUUACCUCAGCAGUUUUUGCUAAAUUUACAUUGCUGCACAUAAUUUCCCAGUAAACACUGGAUUCUCUGAUCCUCAUGUGAAGCUGGAUGCUUUCAGACACAGAGAUCACUCCACAGAGCGGGUAGCUGUGACAACCUCAAUUAUGUCUGGGAGCAGUGUGAAUUUUUUUCUUGUUUUCAAGGGAUGCUAAGACAUUUGAAGGGAUUCUUUUCCCCAGGUGUUGCAGAGGGCCAUGUGCCCUAAUGCCUUCAAUAGCAUGCGUGAUGGUCACUUGGAGGACCAUUGCAGUGAGGGGGACCCAUUCACUGCAGAAUCACUGACCUAAUUCUUGUUGGACCAGACUGCAGCCCAUUAGAUGCAGUGAUCUUCAUCUAAACCUUCACCGAGAAAUUUUUUGAGGAAAAGAAUAUAAGAGCGUGGAUAUACAGAUCUGAGGGACUCCAGGCUUGUUUAUCUUCUGUGGAGCAGUCAUUGUCAUUGAUUAUCAUCAAGAGGUUUUAUGGCUUCCUGUAUCCUCUCAGAUAUUCCCACUAGAGCCAUUGGUGCUCUGGCAGCAAAACUAAGAGUAAAACAAAGGCUGUCUUUAGGCCAGAAAUGUGGCUUUUGUGACCCAGUCAACAUUCUAGUGGGUUUGGGUGAAAGUUCUUCAUUGUUGGUUACAUUUUCUGUCACUGAGAUGAUACUCUUCCCCACAGGGCAGAAGAAUGUAUAUUGAAUAUAGUCUUGAAAAAUUUGUUGUUGCAAAAUAGGUGAACAUACAUUGGUUUUAUCUUGAACCAUUUUUGAAAAGCUAUAAUGAGUAAAUUGCAUGAGUUAAGUAUAGUGUUUCAUAAAUCUUCACAUGUGCAUGAAACUGAAACCAUCAUUAUACUCAUAAUACCGACCAUAUCUGUGACUGUAGUUACUUCAUGACCUUGUUUAAUCUGUCCCUGUUUUUCACACCUUUCCUAGUAACCAUGGAUUUACAUUCCAUUUUAAUAGAGAACUUUGCUUUUUCUAAUUAUUUUUCUUCUUUAAUUUUUAUUUCAUUGAUUCUUGGAGAUU